CAUGCGCAGUGGGUUGAGUUUUGUUUGAAGUGAACUGCUGCCUGGAACUGCCCUGCAAGCAGCAAAGUCGCCAAGCAUUUGAUUGUAACAGAAUAUUCUUCACAUUUCUUCCAUAUUCUUUUAGUGCCUCUCUAUGCAUCGUAGGAACGAUGUUAGGCCACCACUAUCCAAACGCCGAGAAGUCACAACAACUGGUCAACUAUGUGGAGGAUUAUCUGGAAUGUGUGGAGUCCCUGCCUCUGGACAUACAAAGAAAUGUUUCUCUCCUUCGAGAAAUUGAUGCAAAGUACCAAGAGGUGCUGAAGGAGGUGGAUGAAGUGUUUGAGAAGUACAAAGGUGAGCAGGAUGCCACUCAGCGGAAACGCCUGCAGAUCCAGCUGCAGCGAGCGCUCAUCAUCAGCCAGGAGCUGGGCGAUGAGAAGAUCCACGUGGUGACCCAGAUGACGGAGCUGGUGGAGAACCGCUCUCGCCAGAUGGAGUCCCACUCGCUGUGCCUCCAGGAGCCCGGCGAGACCGAGCGGCUUACCACCGAACGGCGCUCCGGCGUCCAGGAGUCCCCGGCCCCGGAGCGCACCUCGGCCCGCCGCCCGCGUCGCCAGCGCAACAGCGAGAGCCGCGACUCGUGCCACCCGUCGGCCAACGGCUCCCUGGCUGAUGACCCGGUGGAGGAGCUGUCCCUCUCGCAGCCCCGCGAGAAGAAGUCCAAGUCUGCCAAGAAGAAGAAGCGCAAGGCCAAGCAGGAGCGCGACGCCUCGCCUGUCGACUUCGCCAUCGACCCCAAUGAGCCCACAUACUGCCUCUGUGAGCAGGUGUCGUAUGGUGAGAUGAUCGGCUGCGACAACGACCAGUGCCCCAUCGAGUGGUUCCACUUCUCCUGCGUGGGGCUGACCUACAAGCCCAAAGGCAAGUGGUACUGCCCCAAAUGCCGAGGGGACAACGAAAAGACCAUGGACAAAAGCCUAGACAAGAACAGAAAGGACCGGAGGUCGAGGUAGUGACCAGUCGGCGGGUGCCCCCCUCUCCCUUCUGCAAGAUGCUCGCUCUGGAGAGUCCUCGCCCUCAGGUGAAGACCACCAGACGUAGUUUGUAACAGUACACAAGAUGUCGUGAGAGCACAAUCGAACACUAUUAGUAGCAGCGCUUAUUGUUAAUCCAGGACUUGUGAUCAAACUUGUGCUGUUACAUCCCUGAUGAUUCCCACUGGCUGCAUCACAGCCAGUGGGACAAAUCAUCAGCCUGAAGCUGCCAUGUCUCAGCCCCACUCUCUUUGAAUAGUCCUUUACAGAUGUUCAGCAGAAUAUCAGCUGAUAUAUCAGAGAAAUAUCUACAAGAGAGAGGAGAAUGUCAGCAGCCAUAAAUUAGAUUUCAGCAACAUUUGGACUUAUCUAUUUGUUUUCUGAAUUCAAACCAACAUGUCGGCCUGGUCGACUUUACUGCUGUACCACCUCUGUGUUAUUAUGAAACCCACCAGAGUUCUGGGUAUCAACCCACAGGGUUAAGGUUAGGGUUCUGGUUGGGUGAGGGCUUAUGUCAAGCCUUUUUUAGAGAAUGGGCAAUUUUUAUGACCAGUCACAGUGCUGGUGGGCACAUCUUGCCCUGAACUCUGGUGGGAUCCACAAUAACUUUUUAUGGACAUGUUGAAAUGUAAUUUAUGGUUUAUUGAUAUUCUACUUAACUGUUGUUGAUACAGUAUUUAAAUUUAAUAUCAUUUGACAUUAUGUUGUAUAUCUACAGGAGACUGUCCAAAGAAAGCAUUCCCCUAACUGUAUUGUUUAGCCUUUUCUGUGACUUUUUUAUUUUUUGAUGUGUGACAGAAUGGAGUAGAAGUAUCAGCAUCUUUUGGUUUACUGUCUUUUUUUUUUUUAUAAAAAAAAAAAUCUGAACACAGUCCUAAUUUAAUACGAUAUUCCUACUAAUGGUCUGUAUUAUGUUUGUUUUUUGCUAAUAGAAAUGUUAAGUUUGUCCCUCAUUUCAGCUCACAAAACCUAAAUCAGUCAUAAGUAUUUCAAAUCAGUGGCUGUUGAUAUACAAUAAUGAGAAAGGUGAGUGAACUCUAUAUGGCUUAUAGAGGAAAACAUGAACACAUGAACUGUUUGUGUGAGACUGCUGAUGGGACACUGGAGUAGGACGUCAUGAUUGUGGACAUUCUCCAUGUUGUCACUGGCUUAUUGUCACUACUGUGUCAGUUUCUUUUUAUAUUCAUUAAACAAAGUUAUGCAGUAAUUUGG